AUGUCUGCCUCUUCUCGCAUCCCACCUAUCGCACAGCCGUUCGUCAGCGAACAUGCAAAGCGGACCCUCGACCUGGUCGAGGAGUUCGUUGAGAAGGAUUGUAUUCCUGCCGACGCAGUGUUCCAGGCUCAGCUUGGUGAAGGCGAGCAGCGAUGGAAGACCAACCCCGCCGUCCUGGAAUCACUCAAGGUGAAGGCCAAGAAGCUCGGCUUGUGGAACAUGUUCCUGCCCAAGAACCACUUCACUCAGGGAGCUGGGUUCUCAAAUCUCGAGUACGGCUUGAUGGCCGAGCUGCUCGGCAAGAGCAAGGUCGCCUCAGAGGCUACCAACAACGCCGCCCCGGAUACUGGUAACAUGGAAGUGUUUGCCAAGUACGGCAAUGACGCACAGAAGAAGCAGUGGCUGGAACCCCUGCUCGAGGGCAAGAUCCGCUCUGCCUUCCUAAUGACCGAGCCCGAAGUUGCCUCCAGUGACGCCACCAACAUCGAGCUAGACAUCCGCCGCGAAGGCAACGAAUACGUCCUGAACGGUUCCAAAUGGUGGUCCUCCGGUGCCGGUGACCCCCGCUGCGCCAUCUACCUAGUCAUGGGCAAGACCGAUGCCAAGAACCCAGACACCUACAAGCAGCAAUCCGUCGUCCUAGUUCCCGCCGGUCUCCCCGGCAUCACCGUGCACCGCAUGCUAACAGUAUACGGAUACGACGACGCCCCUCACGGCCACGGCCACAUCUCAUUCAAGAACGUUCGCGUCCCAAUCUCAAACAUCGUCCUCGGCGAAGGCCGCGGAUUCGAAAUUAUCCAAGGCCGUCUUGGCCCCGGCCGAAUCCACCACGCGAUGCGCGCGAUCGGCGCAGCCGAGCGCGCCCUCGAGUGGCUCAUCGCCCGCGUCAACGACGAGCGCAAGAAGACCUUCGGUCAAGCUCUUGUUGCCCACGGUGUUAUCCUGGAGUGGAUUGCGAAGUCGCGUAUCGAGGUCGAUGCUGCCCGCUUCGUUGUCCUCAACGCUGCUAUCAAGAUCGAUCAGGGUAAUGCGAAGAGUGCGCUGAAGGAGAUUGCGCAGGCCAAGGUGUUGGUGCCGCAGACUGCGUUGGCGAUUAUUGAUCGUGCGGUUCAGGCUUAUGGUGCUGCGGGUGUUUGUCAGGAUACGCCGCUUGCGUAUAUGUGGGCUGGUAUUCGGACUUUGAGGAUUGCUGAUGGUCCUGAUGAGGUUCACUUGCAGCAGUUGGGUAAGCGGGAGAAUAAGACUCGUAAGGAUGCUGUUAUUGCGAAGUUGAACUGGCAGUGUGAGGAGGCGGAUCGUUUGCUUUCUGCUUCUGGGUUUAAGCCUAAGAGCCAUCUGUGA